AUGUCAUUACAACAUACUGAAAAAAGUACAGCUGAAGAAGACUCUGAUAUUAUUGAAUUCUUGAAUCGGAAAUUAGCAAAUCUUUCUGUAACGUCAGAAAGCACGAAUACUUCAGGAAAUGAUGGCUUACCUAUUUGUGAAGCAUCUGAAUUGUUGCCAAAAUUUUCACAAGCAAUUUAUAAUGCGCUUCACUCAUCGGUUCAUUCUCUUCGUCUUGCUGCAGUUGUGAGACUUCGAAAAUAUCUUUCACUACAGAAUGUUGAUGAAAGAGUUGAUAAUGUCAUUUCAUUGAAUAUAUUACCAUUACUGAUAGAUUUUUUAGAAGAUUACAGUGAUAAUUUAUUACAGUAUGAAACGGCUUGGAUUAUUACAAAUAUAGCUGCUGGAUCUUCUCAACACACUCAAACUUUAGUUGCAGGUGAUAUCACACAACAUCUUCUUAAAGUAUUGUCAACGACAGAUAAUAUUGAAGUACAAACGCAGAUCAUAUGGGCUUUGGGAAACAUUGCUGGCGAUGGUGCUGUUUUUAGAGAUAUCAUAUUAUCGGCCGGAGUACUCGAUCCUUUACUUUAUAUAUUGUCAAAUUAUGAUCAAUAUGAUUAUAUGGCUGUAAGAAUUACAGUUUGGGCUACUGCAAAUAUGUGUCGUGGAUGUCGUUGCACGGAUCCCUCAUGGUCAUUGAUUACACCGGCAUUUUCAAUUUUAGCAAACAUGGUACAAUUAGAUGACGCAGAAAUUAUUUCAGAUGCCUGUUGGGGAUUAUCCAGAAUUUUGAAUGGAACUCAUCGGCAUAGAGAGCAUGCCCUAGUAAGUGAUAGUAUAUUAUGUCGUCGUUUAGUUGAAAUACUAAGUGAGGAUGGAUUAAGCUCUUCUGUGCAUUUACCUGUUUUACGUACCUUGGUUAAUAUUGCAUCUGGCGCAGAAAAGCAAACUCAAGCAGUCAUAGAUGCAGGAGCAUUGACUGUUCUAACUAACACAUUUUUAAAUAAUAAGAAUAUAACAUUAAGACGUGAUGCGUGCCUUGCAGUCUCUAAUGUUGCUGCGGAAUCAGUUCUUACUGAACCAAAUUUGAUGAAUAGUAUUGUUACACUGCUUUGGGAUAGCGAUAUGAAAGUUGUGAAAGAAGCAUGUUGGGUACUUAGCAACUCUACAAGUUUACAUGAUUCUGGUCAUGUCAACGUUAUUUUACAACAUGAUAUCCUUACACCACUUUUACAUCAUUUACGUGAAAUAUCCACACCUCAAGAAAUAUUAAACAAACUGGUAGAUACAUUGAUCAAUAUAUUAUCUGUUGGGGACAUUUCCAGCUCAUCACCGCCACCACCUGCACAGAAUCGAUAUGCUGAACGAUUGGCCGAAUUUGGAAUAGUCGAAGCACUUAUGAUCGCAUGGAAUCAACCAUCGUUACAUGAAAUGGUCAAAGAAAAAGUUCGUGGAUUGUUGGAAAGAUGGUUUUAUAAUUAUUUGAAUAGAGGUAGUGAGAAGGGAAAAGAAGCUGAGGAUGAAACAAUAGAUAUGACAUCUAUUGAAGAGCGAGUUAAACGAUUAACAAUCAUGGAAGGUGUUGAUGUAUUUUAA